UACUUGUAGUGGAUGUUUCUGUAAGGUUUUUCCCCAUCUACCCUCGCCCGGUAGCGGCAGCGCGGCGCGAUGCGGCGCGGCACGGCCCCCGGGCACUGCCGGUGCUGGGCUCGGGCUGUGCCGGCUCGGGCUGUGCCCGCUCGGGCGGCCGCGGGUAGCGCUGAGUCGGGCCGCCGAGGCCCUGCAGGGACCCCGCUUGCUGAUGUGGAAAAGCUGCCGGCGGUUGUGUGCCGAUUUGCUGUGUGUUGGAGCCGCUUCGUUAGUUGCUUUAACUGUAUUUAAGAGGGUUUUGUUUGAAGGAAGGGGCGAAAUUGUCACAACGUUUGGGGUAGAUAAUGCUUUAAAAAAUAGCUGGAAAACAGAGGCAGAUGAGAUGCACUAGCCUCGAGGAGCUUGAUGCUGAUUUCUCUGUUAAAGAUCACGUUUCUGGGACCUGUGGUAUCUCUGUUAAGAAAACUUAACAGCUUCUACAGCCUGCAGCUUUAGUGCACAAUUGAUGAUUUCGCUUGAAAUACUCACCUGAUGAAAUUAAAAGUAGGCAAGGUAUAACUUUUUAACAAUGUUAAGAAUUCAGCAUUGUGUAACAGCUAACAGGAUACCCAAGAAAAAGCCAUAUACUUGUGACAUAUGCUAUAAGCAGUUUGAAACUCCAUCAAAAUUGGCAAGACAUUAUCUGAUACAUACUGGUCAAAAGCCAUUUGAAUGUCAUGUGUGCUAUAAAACAUUUAGGCAGUUGGUCCAUCUGGAGAGGCAUCAGUUGACCCAUAAUCUGCCUUUUAAGUGUAAUUUUUGUCAUAGAAACUUCAAAAAUGUAAUUACUUUGUUGAAGCAUCAGCAGCUUCAUAAUGAAAACUAUCAGAAUUGUAUCAGGCAAGAAGAAAAAUCUGUGAGUUCUGAGCAGGAUGGGGUCACUUGUGGCAUAUUUCGAUGUUCUGUGUGCUGGAAGUCUUUUACAACUGAAGAGAAGUGGAUGCUGCAUCAGUGUCAGAAGGCAGAUUGUCUACAUGGUACCAGAAGGAGAAAGAAAACUCACCCGUGUGAACUGUGUAACAAGACAUUUCCAUCGAGAUCUAAGCUAGAACGACACUUCCUUAUUCACACUGGCCAGAAACCUUUUAAGUGUUCUUCAUGUGGCAAAUCUUUUAGACAGUCAACACAUUUGAAAAUCCAUCAGCUCAUGCAUACUGAAGAAAGGCCUUUUCAGUGCUGCUUUUGUCAGAAGGGAUUUAAAAUACAGAGCAAACUCAUGAAGCACAAACAACUCCAUGCCAGAAAUAAGGCUGUCUCCAAUAUCAUAUACAAAGGAAAAACUAAACAUCUCAGACUACAGAAACUGUCGGAAGGAAAGAUGGAUCGUUUUGAGAACGCUGACACAUUCAAAUUGCAGGAGAAUGACCCACAUGAUGUUUAUUUGAUUUAUGUUGUACCAUUUCAGUGUCCAGUGUGUGAGCAGUGUUUUGAAACAGAGGAAGUCCUAAAUUUGCAUAAAUGUUAUCUAAGAGAUGAGAAAAGCUCAAGUUGCACAACAUCGUGCAGUCGCACAGUCAGCAUGAAAAGCAAGAUCCUGAUGAAGCUGAAGCACACUGGAGGAAAGCUAUCAGAUUUUUCUUUGACUGGCAGAGAAAAAAUGAAAUCAGGUCACUUUAGGAGUCCUGACCUGGUUGCAGUUAGAGAGCAGCAAUCUGAUAAAAAUGUUUCCACUAAAUCUUUCAGGGACUGCUGUAGCAAGCUUGACCUGUGCAAGGCUGUCAAUUGGAUGAAAAGAAGGUUUGCUAUGCCAUUACAUUGGCAAGAGCACCUAGAACCUCUCAAGGUAGGAAUUAAUUUAGAAGGUGCGCUUACUGGUGAAAGCAUGUUAAGCAUCAAUGAUGGAGUGCACAAUAGGGAUGAUACUUUUUAUGGUUCAUCAGAUGAUGGCUUCCUUGAUAAUUCCGAAAUACUUCACUAUGCUUUUUCAGCUCCUAAAAAUAUACAUAACAGACACAAAGUGUGUAAAUGUGACAGAUGUGAAAAAAUAUUUCCAUCUUCAUCCAAGCUUCAAAGACAUUACCUUAUACACACAGGACAGAAGCCCUUUGGCUGUAAUGUUUGUGGGAAGACAUUUAGACAGUCAGCUCACUUAAAAAGACAUCAGCUCACCCAUACUGAAAAUAACUAUAAAAGCCCUGUUUGCCAUGUAGAAUUUGAAAAUCUGAACAAAUUCUUCAAUCAUCAGGAAGAUCACAUUGAAUUUGAGUCUUCUCAGCCUGUGAGUUAUUCAGAUUAUUCUCAAGCACCUCCACAGGCACCUGGCUUUCAAGAAUUUGAGCUGACUCAGUCAAAUCAAGCAGCUGAAAUCAAAGUUGAAAUUGAGUCAGAGGCCUUUGUUCUUGACACUGGCAGUAGAAACACAGAGCCUUAUUUGUGUAGUAAAUUGAUGGAAACAGAGCAAAGCUGUUACAGUUACUGGCAUGAUUUUUCUGAGAGUGUGGAAAGAAGAAAACUAUACCAGUGCAGUCUCUGCUUUAAGACAUUUAAAUCAUUUUCUAAGCUUGAAAGACAUUACUUCAUGCAUGCUGGACAGAAGCCAUUUGAAUGUUCAAUUUGUGGUAAAAGUUUCCGACAGUCUCCACAUUUGAAAAGACAUCACCUUACUCACUUUAAAGAGAGGUUAAAGUUGGGUUCCAGUCAGCAACAAUCAGAAACAUUGUUUUCACUCAACCUGGAUACUGUUCCCUGAAGUUAUACAUUAAUAUUUUUGAUUGCAUGAUUAUUAAAAGGAUUAUGUUAAACUGAACAACUAACUGAACAGGAUUAUCUUUUUAUGUUGUGAAGAUGACCUGAUGACUUUAUUUGCUCUUUUCAGAACUGCCCACUUGAUUAUAUUAUCUGGUAAAUAUGAGAAGAUGGUAAAAACAAAACAAAGCAAUAAGAAAGCUACUUCACAUUUGUUUUCUUCAAAUGUAUUGAUGGUGUCAUGGCAAUCCGCAGUGCUCUGUAACUGUUCAAUGAGAAUGAUCAAAAAGUAAAGAUAAAAAGGCAAUUUCUGGAAUACAGAAAAAAUGGUCCUGCUGCUUUCUUCUGGCUCUCUGUACAUUGCAAGCAUUAAAAUGUUGUGUACAUUUGCUGUAUUUUAGUCCAUGCUUUUUUUCAAAAAGAGUAAAAGUUAAUUUUGGAUGAACAAGAUGCAGAAAAAAAGAACAAGCUGAAGAAGUGGAAAAUAAUAUUUAACAAGGAGAAACUGUUGACUAGAAUUAUAAAAUAGUUAAUAGAGGGGAAAAAAACCUAAUUCCACAUCUGUACUGUUCUUGGAGAUCUAUGUGUGAGAAAUUAUGUCCUUUCCUUAUUAGUGGUAAAAUGAAUAGGUAUGCUAAAAUAGCAGGGUUUUUAAUCAAUCCCUUUUAAUACUUCAUUAUUUGCACUUUUUGCAGAAUCCCUUUUUUGUAUUUUUUUCAUGCAAUAGUGAAUUAUUUUUCUGCAAGCAAAGAAAGCAAAAAAUUAUCAAGGAUAAUACAUGUGCAGUUAUUUGUUCCUUCUGUUGUGCAUGUUGCACCAACAAAAGAAAUGUUCUCCUAGGUGUUAUAAACCUUAUAAACCAGGCAAGUAGUUUUGUUGGGAAAUCAUGUUCUUGUUACAUUAAGUAUAAGAGACUAAAAAUAAUUUUUCACUCAAAUUAAGUAAUUUUGGUUUUGUGAAUAAAAUCUGUGGUUAUACUUCUGGUAAGUAGAGAGCUUUACCUGUUGUUCAUGUGAGUCUGUCAAAAAAUGUAAGUGCAGUGGAGCUGUAAUCAUCGAGGAGAAAAAAUGAAGUUUCUCUCUUUUUUUUUUUUUUUUCUCUGAAGAGUAAUUAUAAA